GGAGGCGCAUCACCGUCCGUCAUAGGCCGGGCACCACGUGCAGUAUCAUUGCGCGAUUGCGACGAUUAGCCGUCGAUCCGUUUCCGUCAACAGAGCGGCGGGCAUAGACGCGAGAUCAAGUUGAGUAAACAAUCCAACCGAAGCAAAACGCAACACGUUGUGAUAGAUUCGUUUCCGAUAUCGAUAAUGAUCACUCGACGUUGAGCUUAUGCUGCCAGCACUAUUCCAUUCCAUGCGAUUCUUGUGCGUAGAGACACGGUGAAGCAGCAGCUCUCCGGUGAGGCUGACGUGCAUUGUGACUAAAUGAUUUCGAUUCUUUUGCGGCCAAAUCAUCAAAACAAGUACGCGCGCGUGUGAUUCAUCCACAUUUCCAUCGUCUCGAGAGAGAGAGACGCGCAACUCAUUCUCAUUGCCCAGCGCAGACCCGGUGAGGUACCUGUAAGUUUGUGCGAAGAUAACGGACCCCCUCGCGAUAGCGCGAUAAAGUCGUGCUCCACACAACGUGACACACCGGCCGACGCAAGUAGGAGGCUACCAGUGCCUUAGUUUUUGAGGUGCGGUGUGGUGUAGGAUUAGUGGACGUAGACAGCAAAUCCCUAUCCUUUCGCCAUCAUGAAGAGAGCCGCCACGCGAAAACGACAAACCACCGACCUGUACGGCAGUGAUGAAGAUACGCCGCUGCUGACAACACCAUCGCAACCGUCACCGCAGCACCAGGAAGCAAACCCAACGAUACCAUCACCCGGAACGAUGGGAAGCACGGAAACGGCGACCACGGAACGUAACUGUUCCUUUGAACCUAUUUUGGUUCUCAUGUGUUUCGGUCUCAGUGUAUCAGGAAUUGUACUGGCCGAUCAAAUCAUCUAUCAGUCGUGCGUCGUCACGCUGGGCUAUGAUCGACAGCUAUGCGCCCAGUUGGGCACGAAAAGCAACUCGUCGGAUGUGGCCAACCUGGAGACGAUCGUGCAACCGUACGCGGCCCGGAUCGGGAUGAUGAACACGAUUCUGAUGUCGGUACUGCCGGCCCUCUGUGCGCUGCUCAUGGGUCCGUGGUCGGAUAAGUAUGGGCGCAAACCGGCCAUGAUCAUGCCGGCCGUCGGUUACGUCACGACGUACGUUAUGAUCGGCAUACUGUCGCUCCUCUCCAAGCACUACCUGGUCGAUCCGUGGUGCUACGUAGUGGCGCACAUUCCGGCGGCCAUGCUCGGUGGUAGUACCGUUCUGAUGGCCGCCAUCUUUAGCUAUCUGACGGAUGUGACGACGGAAAAGAACCGCACGGUACGGAUCGGUAUCCUACAAGCUUGCACCAUGCUCGGUGCCUUCGUGGGGCUGCUGUCGAGCAGCUUCAUCCUGGAGUUGACCAGUGUAGCGACAAUGUUCUUCUUGGCGGCUGGCUCGAUGGCCGCUAGUUGCGCCUUUCUGAAUUACUACCUCGAGGACAGUAUCCAGCCGGAUCCGGAGAUGGUGCACCGGCAGCUACGGGAAAUCUUCCGCCUCAGCCAUCUGAGCGAUCUGCUGAAGACGUUCUUCAAGAAACGAUCGGCUUACGAUCGCGGAAUUGUGUGGCUGACGAUUGCGGUCGGUGUCGUGACAGUGCUGGGCGCAGGUGGAGGUACCGUGUUUUUCCUCUACACCCGGCGUGUCUUCGCUUGGACGAUACAGGACUAUACCAUCUGGCAGGCGGUGGAGUUGCUGUCGAUCGUUGCUGGGAAUGUAAUCGGUAUUUCGUUGCUGAAAACGUUGCUCAAACUGCCGGACGUGUGGCUCGCGUUGCUGUCCGUGAUGAACUACGCGAUCGAUGCGCUCAUUAAGGGGCUGGCACGGCACGGAUGGCAACUGUUUCUGGCCACCGGUGUUACGCCGCUGAAGGCAACGGAAGGGGCCGCACUGAUGGCGAUCUGUUCGGCCAUCAUCCCGUCGGGUGAGAUCGCCAAGUUUUACUCGAUUGCGAUGGCUAUGACGAAUACGGUUUCGCUUGCAUCGGCACCACUGUUCACCUACAUCUACAACACGACCGUAGCGACGGAACCGGAAGUGUUCAACUUUGUCGCGUCCGGAAUCUUUUCCAUUAACGUCAUCUUUGUGGGAAUCAUUGCCGUGCUGAUGCGCAAGAGAAGAACGACACAGAUCACUCCGUUGUUUGAUCAAGAUAGUGAAAUCGUAACGUGAGCGAGAGCUUAGAGGCUGCGCUUAGCACCUGCGCAUAGCGACACACCAACCGCCCACGUGGAGGAUUCCGAAGGUGGCAAUUAUGCUAGUCAUGUUUUAAUAAAGUAAUUUUUAAUAAAAUGCGAAGCGAUGUAUCGAACGGAUAGAGUGAA